AGAGAGGGAGCUGUCUUCACCAGCUCAUGUCUCUCCAACAGCAGACACACACACACACAGCGCUCGUUAAUAGGCUCCAGAUGCCUUUACAGAAAACGCACGUCUACAGGCUGUGUGGAUUGCCUCCGCUCUCCUGAAUCACGCAGAUGUAAAUCUAUCUUCUCUGUCAUCGACCAAAAACAAGAUUAUGGGGUUGUGUGCGAUUUGCCAACACGUGGGAAGCUUAUUUGCGAGGCUGGAGGCUGUGCGCCCGUCCUUCCUGUGAUGGAGGAGCGCGGCGGUGGUGCAUCGGUGGAAAUGAGUGAGAGGUGCAGAGGAGAUAAUCAAUGAAGACACCGAGGGCUCCUGUGCGUUUGGGCAAGGUCAGAGUCUAGCCUGGGUGAGAUUAUGUCCAUGCGGGGACAACAAGGACGGACUUUUACGCUUCCUCUCGGGGGAAGAGGUCGCCUGGGGAUGUCCCCUGAAAAACCAAGAGUUUCUCUCUCUGUGUUGGAUUGCAGAGGCAGCGAAAACCCCUCCAUCCGCAUGAUCAUGGUUGAGCUUUAUUUUUGACAACCUUCAAGCUGCAUGGCUUCUUUCUUUUCGCCCUCAGCCCGGAGAUAAAGUUUCUUCGCUCUGCUCGACAGGCUGGGUGAUUUAUUCGGCCACAGAUUCGUGUAAUUGCACCCAGCUGAACCCGGUUAAGGUGAUCUAGAGGCUGCUGGUUACACACAGAGGUUGCAGCGGUGGCUUGAAUUCCAUCAGAGCAGCGUCAAAACAGCGGCGGCCAGCUGUGUCACAUCUGUCGUUGUUGUUGUCGCUGUCCAUGGUGCUGAACUCGUGCUCCAGGAAUGGUGGAGACGCUGAGUAUCGCAGUCAUCGGUGCUCCCGGAGUGGGGAAAACUUCUAUAAUCCGCCAGUUCAUCUAUAACGAUUUCUCGGAGGUGUACACGCCGACCAGGACCAGAUAUGUGUACAGACCCUCCGUCAUCCUGAACGGGAACAUGUAUGAGCUCAAGAUUUUGGACGUCCCGCCAAUCUCCUCCUUCCCAUCCAGCUCCAGUCAGGAGUGGCUGGAUUUGCGCUGCCGAGGUGUUCGCAAUGCCAACGCCUACAUCCUGGUGUACGACAUCUGCUGUGUGGAGAGCUUUGAAUACGUCAAGAUGAUCAGACAGCAGAUAGUGGAGCACAGGGAAGGCAGCAGCAGUGAGGUGCCAAUCCUGGUGGUGGGCAACAAGAGAGAUCUGCAGCGGCAGCGCUUCAUGCCUCGCAGAGCGGUGUCGGUCCUGGUGAAGAAGACGUGGAAGUGCGGUUACGUGGAGUGCUCUGCCAAGUUUAACUGGCAUGUAGUCCUGCUCUUCAAAGAGCUGCUGGGCAUUGCCGUGGCACGGGGCAUGCGCCAGAACCACACCUCCAUCCGUCUGCAGGGGGCGCUACAGAGGAAUCGCUGCGCCAUCAUGUGACCCAGAGAGCUCCCUCCACCCCUCUCACCUCAGGAGUGGAGCGGCAGUGGAGAAAAAGGACUUUUUAUCUAAAUGGCUGGAAAAAUACCCUGUGGCCUCCUGCAUUACUGAGCUGAUUUUUUCAUAAUGAGGUUUAUUAGACUCUUGCGCUGUAAAAGACACUCAAUUUUCACACAUGGUCAUCCAACCACUUCCUUCUGCUAAAUGUGUAAAUGCAAGGAAGGAGGUAGAAGAGAGAGUGAGUGAAAACCAAUACGACUAGCAUAGCACAGUUUUUUUUUUUCACAUCAACUAGACAGUUACUCAUUUGAGGCUGUGCUUCCCAAAAUUACACAGCAGCAGGUCUUACUGAGGGUUGUCUCGUGGCUGUAGAUGGGCCUUAUGGGAGGGAAGCUGUGUUGGUGAGACUCAAAAUGGAGAGGCAGCAAUAUCAUAGAGUCUUCCUUUUGAAUUUGUCACAUUCAGUACAGUCAACAGCUCAUGUCAGACACAUAUGGAUUGCUUUGAGGGUAAAUGGUCGAUAAGAUAGAACAACACAGAGCAAAAAAUGGCUAAUGCUUCACUUCUGGGGUGAUUAUCCCAAAAUGUAUAGUUCUGAUUAGAUGGUGUUUAAUUUUCUGAGAAGUAGCCUGCAGUUUUUUUUUCUUCCCUUGUCCCUGUUUUAAACUUGGCCUACAGUGAAAGCUAUUUGUUAAGACGUAGGGGGUUUUGAGGUUGUCUUGCAGCAGAAAAUGCUGCAGUCGCUAUCAUGAUGUACUGUGGGUCUUUAAUCUGCUCCCUCCCCUCACUCAGUGUCUGUUUCUGAUGAAUACAUUAAAUCCAGGGAACCGGGGACCUGCAGGAGGCUGCAGAGCCUGAAACGAGAACCUGUACAUGCAAUGUGGAUGUGUGUGUGUGUGUGUGUGUGUGUGUGAGAGAGAGAGAGAGAGAGAGAGAGGGAGACAGAGC